GAAAAGUUGAAAUCGCCGGGAAAGAAAGAGGACAAACAUUUAUUUCGUGUCUACUUUCCUCCUUGAAAUAAAAAAAGAAUUAAUUAUACCAAAAAAAAGAGGAGAAAAAAAAAACUCUCAUCUUCGUCGUCUUCACAGUUUCAAUCUCGCGCUGCUUAGUCUCCUUCCGUCUCUUCUUCUCCGCUAGCUUUUCCAGGGGAAAAAGAGUGAUCGAUGGCUGGAAAAAGGAAACGAGCUAAUGCUCCUGACCAAACAGAGCGAAGAUCGAGUGUUCGGGUUCAGAAAGUGAGACAGAAAGCGUUAGAUGAGAAGGCGCGUUUAGUACAGGAGAGGGUUAAGCUCCUCAGUGACAGAAAGAGUGAAAUUUGUGUCGAUGACACUGAGUUACAUGAGAAAGAAGAGGAAAAUGUCGAUGGGAGCCCUAAACGAAGAAGCCCUCCAAAGCUAACCGCAAUGCAGAAAGGAAAGCAGAAAUUGAGUGUUUCUCUGAAUGGUAAGGACGUGAACUUGGAACCUCAUCUCAAAGUGACAAAGUGUCUGAGGUUAUUUAACAAGCAAUAUCUCCUCUGUGUCCAGGCUAAGUUGAGCAGGCCUGAUUUGAAGGGUGUAACUGAGGCAAGUCAUGAUUUUUCUUACCUCUGGCCUUAGUUGCCUCAUGCAACAUUGUUUUGUCUAUCAAGAAAUGGAAGAUGUCACAAUGUUUUGUUAAGCAACAUGUAUCAUUAUACUUUGUGUUCUUGUAAAUAUGAUGGUUUGUCUAUUCUGUAAUCUUCAAUGCAAGUUGACUUAAGCCUUUAAGAAAAUUUCCAGAUGAUAAAAGCUAAGGCGAUAUUGUACCCAAGAAAAAUAAUCGGUGACCUUCCAGGUAUAGACGUUGGACACCGUUUUUUUUCAAGAGCUGAAAUGUGUGCUGUAGGAUUCCAUAACCAUUGGCUAAAUGGCAUUGAUUAUAUGUCAAUGGAAUACGAAAAAGAGUAUAGUAACUACAAAUUACCGCUUGCUGUUUCUAUUGUUAUGUCGGGCCAGUACGAGGAUGAUCUAGACAAUGCAGAUACAGUGACUUACACUGGACAGGGAGGGCAUAACUUAACUGGUAAUAAACGUCAGAUAAAGGAUCAACUUUUAGAACGAGGGAAUUUGGCGCUAAAGCACUGCUGCGAAUAUAAUGUGCCUGUCAGAGUAACUCGUGGUCACAAUUGCAAAAGUAGCUAUACCAAACGAGUAUACACUUAUGAUGGACUGUACAAGGUUGAAAAGUUCUGGGCACAAAAGGGCGUUUCAGGAUUUACAGUGUAUAAGUACCGACUGAAACGAUUGGAGGGGCAACCAGAACUAACUACUGAUCAGGUCAACUUUGUUGCUGGACGCAUACCAACGAGUACUUCAGAAAUUGAGGGUUUGGUAUGUGAGGACAUCUCCGGAGGGCUAGAAUUUAAGGGUAUCCCCGCCACUAAUCGUGUUGAUGAUUCACCAGUUUCACCAACAUCUGGUUUCACAUACAUCAAAUCUUUGAUUAUUGAGCCUAAUGUCAUAAUUCCAAAGAGUUCAACUGGGUGUAACUGCCGAGGCAGCUGCACUGACUCAAAGAAAUGUGCAUGUGCUAAGCUUAAUGGGGGUAACUUUCCAUAUGUUGACCUUAAUGAUGGCAGAUUAAUUGAGUCUCGAGAUGUUGUAUUUGAAUGUGGUCCUCACUGUGGGUGUGGGCCAAAAUGUGUCAACCGAACUUCUCAGAAGCGUCUAAGAUUCAAUCUUGAGGUUUUCCGCUCUGCAAAGAAGGGUUGGGCAGUUAGAUCAUGGGAGUACAUACCAGCUGGUUCACCAGUAUGUGAGUACAUAGGAGUUGUCAGGAGAACUGCUGAUGUGGAUACUAUCUCUGACAAUGAAUACAUAUUUGAGAUUGACUGCCAACAGACAAUGCAAGGUCUUGGUGGAAGACAGAGAAGACUAAGAGAUGUUGCUGUACCAAUGAAUAAUGGAGUCAGUCAGAGCAGUGAAGAUGAGAAUGCGCCAGAGUUCUGCAUUGAUGCUGGUUCAACAGGAAACUUUGCUAGGUUUAUAAAUCACAGUUGUGAACCAAACCUAUUUGUUCAGUGCGUCCUGAGUUCUCACCAGGAUAUAAGGCUUGCCCGUGUGGUUCUUUUCGCAGCUGACAACAUUUCCCCAAUGCAGGAGCUCACUUACGACUAUGGAUAUGCGCUUGAUAGCGUUCAUGGACCGGAUGGGAAGGUGAAGCAGCUCGCUUGCUACUGUGGAGCGCUAAAUUGUAGGAAACGCCUUUACUAACAAAGGCUAUUGGUGAACUUAUUUUUUGGUCACUCUAUUUUGGGGAGUACAUAGAUAGCAACUAUCUCCCAAGUGGAAGAACCCUUCACAUUUUAUUUAAGGGACUUUAGCUUCUUCUGCAGCGUACGUGCUGCCUUUUUCGGCAUUGUUGUUUCCUGAAUUCUAUUGUUGCCAUUGGCAUCUUAUCUAUCGGGUCAACAAUAUUAAUCAUCUCUUUUUCUUAUUUGC